AUGCACAGUCAUAACAAGGUUACUGAAAAUCAGUGCAUCGAGUGUUACUUUUUAUUCAAACAUCUAAUUCGUCCAGGGUUGAACAAGUUGACUCUCGCAGUAUAAAAACUCUGCUGAGCCAUGCGAGUACCAGUCAUAUUAUAUUUUGUUGUCUAGUCCAACAGGUUUGGAAAAUAUUAACCGGGGCUGGAUCCAGGGUACGUACAAACAGGACUUGGACUAGUAGUAAUAAACGACCAUUGCCUGCACCCAGAAGCUUUCACUUUCGUCUCUUCGCUCACUUUGGAGACCACCUGAUUUCGAAUCUGCGUCAUCUAAUUGGGAAUAAACACCGCUCUCUGCAAUUCACUCAAGAGGAGAUUUAUUGAGAGUAUUUUCAGGAUUCUUGGAGGGGUUGAAUCCCGGCAAAAGAUGAUGGAAGCUGACCUUGCGGAUUACUGUAAAGAUGAGCCAAUGCUCUUCUCGGAUGUGUAUUCCGACCACGUCUCGGGCAUGACCGUGGAGUUCCCCACCCCAAAGGCAUUCCGUGUCGGCUCGUACAGCGGCAGCGAUUGCGAGCGCAAAUUCCAGACCUUCCCGACACCGCCCGACUCGCCGGUGCUCGCCGAGCUCACCCCGCCCAACGCACGGCCCGGAAAACAGCAGGUGGCCCCAGGAGUUACGGGGCACACGCAACAAACACGGUACAUGCCAGGCGAAGCUGGGUCGAUUUCUGCCGACGGUUCGGCCGCAUCACAUCCCACUGAAAUGGACUUUUCACUGCUCAUGGAAGAUAUUCUUCACGGAAACAUGACUGAUCAGUUUAACUCGCAGCUCUGUGAUAACCAGUACUCUUCGACGUUAGGGCUCACCGAUGGACUCCAAAAAUCAGAGUUUUUGGACAACCUUACACAGUUCUCGGCGAAUUCCACGAUCAACCUUUCGUCAACGAUGUUCCCGUCAUCCUUCAAUGAAAGCCUGGAUGAUUGUACCAUCCCAAGCCCUGCCCCGUCGCCGUCGCCGAUCUCUGUCUGUGAUAUCGAUAUUUUCGCCGGCGAUCUGCCCAAUCUCGACGAUCUCACGCUGGUCAGCGAGUUCGCCCAAAUGGAAUCUUUUCAACACCGAUCACAACGUGGCGCUUUCGGCAUGAGCUCAUCAGGCGAAGAUUCAGACAUCGAGAGCGUAUCCGGGUACUCGCCGCCUAUCGAAGACCUACAACCAACCUACAAUGCUAUGUCUUCUUCCAUCAUGUCCCACCCACCCCCACUCUACCACGAACACCACCACAACAUCCAACCGUACCACACCUACCGCCACGCCCACCACCACCACCAGACGCAGACGCCGUACCCGCAACAGCACGGCUUCGCCGCCGCCGCGUCUGCCCCGAACGGCCGAACGCACAACUACCAGUGUCGCACGAUGCACACGACACUUCAGAUGCUGGACUCGCACGCGGACGGCGUGGUGAAACCGGAGAUGUCGUCACAGCAGGGAAGUUGCGCUGGACCAAUCAGGAAGCCGUUCCGCGUCCGACCGCGUAAACAGUCUGUGACGUCAAGCGACGAUGGCGGCAGCGACGAAGAGCACGUGGUCACGACUACAACUGUCACCGGCGGGAACGCAGUAUCAUCACCCAAUAGAAACAGGGGACGAGGAAGGAGAGAAGCCAUGAAAGGAAACCACUUGUGGGAGUUCAUCCGAGACAUUCUGAAGAAAGACGAAUACAACCCGAAGUUCAUCCGAUGGGAAGAUCGGGAGGCCGGAGUCUUCCGAUUCGUCAACUCGGAAGCCGUCGCCACCAUGUGGGGAAGGAAGAAAAACAACCCGCAGAUGACCUACGAAAAGCUUAGCCGUGCCAUGAGGUAUUACUACAAGCGCGAAAUCUUAGAGAGAGUGGACGGGAGACGGCUGGUCUACAAAUUCGGUAAAAAUGCGGACGGGUGGAAGGAGGCCGCAGGACUUCAAUGAAAAGAGUCACUCACUCCAUUGAAUGACUUCAAAAAAAGACCUGUCGCCAUCUUGACUUUGAAGUGACCUUCAUCUAGGGGAUGGUGACGUCACAAUUGUGGCCAGAUAGGUCAUCCAAUGAAAGGACACUUAUGGACGAUGACUUGCUGUCAUCGCGCGUAUACGAGUUUCCGGCGAGUUGCAAAAAAAAAGAAUAUAUUUAUUUAUUGUGCAGUCAGUGCAAUUGAAUAUGAAAGUCUACUUCUCAUUGGUUAACUGUGGCAAUUCGCGGGGGAUUGGACCAAUCGGCGUUCUCCUUCAAUAAUCCUCGUUGGAAAACAGCUGCUCCCAGUUACGAACUGUAUCGACGUUCAAUUUUUGGUCUGUUUCUUUAUACGCCCCGCAAAGUUUAACCUUCGUGCAUAUUGUUGCACACAACAAGGUCAAGUUUAAUCAAGCUCAAAAUAGGAUGAGGAUAUCGGGUUUCAGGAUGUAAAAUCCUGUAAAAUAUUAUCGUCGUAUUCCUAAGUGAAUGACAGAUAGUGGCGGGAUUGUUAAGCUCUUAAAAUCCAACCUCAUAUUGAAUAAAAAUCUGAUUUAGAUUAUCAACGAUUCACGCCCCGUAUUUCGUCUUUCAGAUGGUUUCAUCGCCGGCCACCCCCGUAAUAAAUCAUACCUUUUAAUACAUUUCUGGAAAAAAAUUAUUACACAAAUUAUGUACUUGUAUAAAGGCAUAUUUAAACAGGGUAUGUCAAAAAAAUCGAU